GGGGCACAGACCGCAGCGAAGGGAGCAGUGAGCGGCAGCAGCCCGUCGUGGCGCACCAGAACCGAAACCAGUGGCAGCCGCACAGCCACCUGAACCGCCCCCUCCUGCCGAAGUCAGAGAGCAUCGGCCACCGCUCCCGGAGCCUGUACUCCUUCCUUUCUGCCGCUCCUCAUCUUCCGUGCCCCCCUUGUCAGGCCUCUGGACUCUCCCGCCGUCCCCAAGAAGAGGGCGCCGGACGUCGACCGCCCCUCGGGGCACCAGGCGGCGGCCCUGGACGUACAGGGGCCUCUCUGGGCCGGCCGCGGCGCCUCGGCCCUGAUCUCUCCCUCCUGCGCUCGCUCCCGCCCUCUCAGCGCUCCGGGGGCUGCGCGCGGGCCCGGCCCGGGGCAGGGCGGACAUGGGCGCCAAGCAGAGCAGUCCGGCCGCUGCUAACGGCCGCACUCGGGCGUACUCGGGCUCAGAUUUACCUUCCAGCAGUAGCGGAGGGGCCAAUGGGACCGCGGGCAGCAGCGGCGGGGCUCGGGCCGCGGCCGCGGCGAGAUUUCCGGCUCAGGUGUCAGGCUCGCAGCAGCCCAGCGCUUCGGGCGGCGCCGCGGCGGCCUCGGCGGCCCCGCGCAGCCGCUCCCUAGGCGGCGCAGUGGGGACCGUGGCGUCGGGGGCCCGCGCCGCGCAGUCCUCUUUCAGCAUCCCCAACAGCAGCAGCGGCCCGUACGGUUCGCAGGACUCGGUGCACAGCAGCCCAGAGGACAGCGGCGUCAGCAGGGACCGGCCGGCGGGCGGGGGCCCCGGCGGGCCGCGCCUGGUGAUCGGCUCCUUACCAGCUCACCUCUCGCCGCACAUGUUUGGAGGAUUUAAGUGCCCUGUGUGCUCAAAAUUUGUCCCCUCAGAUGAAAUGGACUUGCAUCUUGUGAUGUGUUUAACAAAACCAAGAAUAACCUAUAAUGAGGAUGUACUGAGUAAAGAUGCUGGGGAAUGUGCAAUAUGCCUUGAAGAACUGCAGCAGGGAGAUACUAUAGCACGACUGCCUUGUCUAUGCAUAUAUCAUAAAGGCUGCAUAGAUGAAUGGUUUGAAGUAAAUAGAUCUUGCCCUGAGCACCCUUCAGAUUAAGCAUCAGAUUCCUGUUUUAUAGGUUUUCUUGUCUCUUCAAGAUGCUUGAAAAACCUAGAGGAUAUGAGGAUCUAUCUCUGGAAAAACAAAAACGCAGGCAUUCUCAGCCACAAAUCUUGAGUCCUGUGAGACUCCAAAAUACAGAGAUGGACAAUCAUACAGGGGAAAAAAAAUUAUCCUGCUGAAAAGAGGGACAGUUACCAGAGAACUCAGUGUACCAAACAUGCAUAUAAAGGACACACACAGGGAUUUAAAAAAUGCUGCACAUCCCUUAGUAGUCAUCUAUAUAGGUAAUACUGAUAAACAUUUUGUAUUCAGAUGCCAAAGUUAACUGAUUUAAAAGUUGAUUUACUUUUUAUUAAGUUCUCGAGAGCUACACAACUAGUUGUGUUUUGUUAUUUUGGUUUGGGGUCUCUUUAUUUUCCUCAUUUUUUGCAUUCAUCUAUUCUUAAAUUGAAAGCCACAUAAUUUGCUUCUUAUAAAUUAAAGUCUUAAAGGUGAAACUAAAAAGUGCAAUCAAGCAGUAAAACAUUCUCUGGAUGCAGACUAUGAUUUCAAGUUCUUCCAUUUUUUCCCCAAGAGUGGAAAAUAGAUUCUACAUAGGAAAGCUAAAACAUGUUACUAUUUUAAAAUUAAAUGCAUUUAACAUUAUCAGAGUGUAAUCCAAAGAGUAAAUCAGGUUACAUAAUUGCAUUUUAAUUAAAUCUAGAAUUGUCUACUCAAUUGUAGUUUAUUAAAUAUAUUGUUUCCUUUUAAAUAAAACUGCUCAACAGUUUAUCAGCAGUGAAUCAACUUGCAGCUAUGCAACUUUUUGAAAAAUACAAAUUACCAAUUUUAAGUGCUACCAGCUAUAACAACUUUGUUUUAACGGGUAUUUUUUUGUUUAUUCUUUUCAUGUAAUUAUUUUAUUGUGCUUUGCAUCUCCAGGCAGUUUUCCACAUUUGGGUAAAAUAUUUAGAAGGUUAUAAACUCAGUAACUUAUGAAAAAAGUAAAAUAAAAUUUUCUGGUGUGGAACUUGGGGUAUUUUAAGGGACAUUUUAUGUACUUUUAGAAAUCACAACUCAAUUGGGAUGCCAGAUUUAUAGCAAUUUGCAUCUUUAAUUUUCCAGAUAAUCUGGAGGUUAGCAUUUGAUAAAUGAUUUUUUUAAGCAAACAUGAAGAUUUUGUUAAUUUAUAAUUUAUUAAUGUGUUAUUACUAUAAUUAAAAAUGUUAUUCUAUAGCAACUUCUAAAUUGAGUCUUAUAUAGAAAGAAAUGUAUUAAGAAAAAAUAUGUGAAUAAAUAUUCCCACAAAAUACA